AUGUACGAGGGGUUUGAGGCCGGCCAUUUCGUGGUCUCCGUCUUUGCCUUCCCCGACCGGCUGGCGGAGGCCGCCAGGGCCGCCCUCGCGGUGCUGCAGAGCCCCGGCCAGCUGCCCUUCCUGGACCGCGAGGUCGAGGCCGCGAAGCGGGUCGUCGCCGAGCGCGAGAAGCGCGACCGGCGCGGCCGCGGCUACCUGGCGGGCAAGCUGAGGCGGUUACCCACCGGCGAGAGCGGGGCCUGGCUGGAGGAGGACCGCAGCAGAUCGUCGAGGCGAUGUCGGCGGACGACGUGCAGAAGGCGUGGGGCGCACUCACCGCGCUCGAGGACCCGACCCGUUCGUCGUGAUUGGCACCUCCGGGGGCCCCAUGGCACAGGCCGCGGUGCCGCCAGGCGCCGCCGUGCCGCGGCGGCCCCGCGCCGCGCCGGCGCGGCCGAGCGGGGGCCUCGCCGCCGCCGCGGACCUGAUCAGCCGGCUGGCCGGGCAGGAGACCGCCAGCCCGGCGCCGGCGCCGGCGCCUGCAGCUGCGAGCGGGAUGGAUUUCUUGGACUGAGCGUGGCGGGGCUCCCAGUUGUUUGUUUUGUCCAGGCGGGCCCCAUGCCGGCACUCUCUGCUCUUUGUGCUGUCCGGGCGGGCUCCACGCGUGGCACCGCCCGUGCACGUGGCGAGGGUCCGUGCCGCUGUUCGGCACGCGCUUUUUAA